ACUUGUACAGCCUGACUGCGUCACUGUCUUCUGUCAACAUAGUGGCAGUUCGAGUGGUCGAUGGGAAACGCUUCCUUUAUUGUUGAAGUGGACGAUGAUUUGAAAAGAAAAAAUCAAAACAACAACAAUAAGUGAUUGUUUAGCCAUCAUUUGGAGCUUUCGGCUGCAUUUACAUUUUCUUUAUUUUAUUUUUAAAAGAACAUAUCUGGCAAAGAAGGUCAAGUAAUCGUUUUAUUUAUCAUUUGUACUACUCGGGGACAUUGAAAAUGAGUCUAGUCUUUAAUCGAGUUCCCAGAAAGACUGCGGGGAACCGCAUGUCUAAACUUCUUGAUGCAGAAGAGGAGGAUGAAUUCUACAAAACUACAUACGGUGGUUUUAACGAGGAAUCGGGUGACGAUGAAUACAAAGGUGACCAGUCAGAAAGCGAAGAUGAGGUAGACAGUGACUUUGAUAUUGAUGAAGGGGAUGAGCCUGACAGUGACCAAGAAGAGGAUGAACCUAAGAGAAAGCGUCGUGUUGUCACAAAGGCCUAUAAGGAACCAAUCAAAGCCCCCAAGCCAAAGUCCAAACCAAGGAGGCCAACUACUCAGACCAGCACUUCUGAAAAAGUAGACUAUACACCAGAGCUUUUUGAGUUGCAGGAUGACAUUGGUGAAAAUCGAAAGUCUGUGCGGCAGUCUACAACAGAGCAUACAAGGCUUACCUACCUGCGUUUGCAAGAGCGGCAAGUACAGCCAAGGAGAAAGAAGGGACCUCAUCAUGAUCGUCCAUUAACACAAGAGGAGCUGUUGGCUGAGGCUAAAAUCACAGCAGAAAUCAACUUGCGCUCACUUGAGAAUUACGAGCGUUUGGAAGCCGAUAAAAAGAAACAGGUCUGUAAGAAGCGUCGAUGUGAUGGCCCUACUAUUCGAUAUCAUUCAGUGCUGAUGCCAAUAAUUUCAGAGAAUCAUCUCAAAGAGGAAAAUGUUGAUGUAGAAGGACUGGAUCAAGACAACCAGCAGUCAUCUUCUGCAGGUAUAUCAGAAUGUCUGCCGCCUGGGACUCAAACGUCAACUGGGAAGUGUUCACGUACCUUUAUCACGUUCAGCGAUGAUGAAACAUUUGAGCAGUACUUCUCCAGGGUUCGACAAUUGCGUGCACCAGUGAAGGAGAUCUGUCCAGUUACCCAUAAGCCAGCCCUUUACCGAGAUCCUAUUACUGACAUCCCAUAUUCUAAUAUCCGUGCCUUUAAGAUCAUACGGGAAGCAUAUAAGAAAUAUGUUACAGCGCACGGACUUCCAAACACUGCUGGUGGUGGACUAGGGGGACUGGGAGAUCCCAAUGCCAGGGGCACCAGGCAGAAAAUUAUCAUCAAGCAGAGUAUGCCAGCUACCUAGGAGGGCACAUACACUUGUGUAAAAUAGCUGUGGAAGAAAAGAAUACAGGAGUAAAAUGGUAAAUUUGAUGUUUGGAAAGAAUGAACACUGUAUGAAAGUUUGUUUGAAAGGAAAGCAAUACCUUAGGCAAUGUUUUCAUGAAAAAUUUGUUGACUUCUAAAAAGCAGUACAGAUAUAUACCUAAGAUAUAAAAUAUGGACUUGAUUUUUAAGUGCUGGACUUUCACUUUGAGCAUUGUACAGUUGUAAUGUGUUGAAGUUAGACAAUUACAAAUGAAACAGCUGAAGUGCUACUUUUAUUGGCUUUAUUUUUUUAACAUGUAAUGAUUUUCUAAUUUGAGAGCCUGGAAAAAAAAUUAAACUCGAUCCACAACAAGUCAAUGAAGCUAAAUGAAACUGACGAUUUUUGGUGGUUUUAUUUGCUAAAUAUGCUUGCUUAUUUCUUUACUAUAAUUUAUUUGGUCUUAUUUGACUCUGCAUCAUUCUUGGUACCCAAAGGUGAUGUUCAGUCUGGUUGUUGCUUCCUUGGAGUUCCUCAGAGAAUGGUAUAGUUACCUGCCUUGUACCCAUUCUUUUGAGAAUGGCAAUGUACUACCUUUACAUUUCCCAAGCAUACUAAAUCAGGUAUUAAAAUGGAAGCAUGGUUUGGCCGUUUAAACCCUGCUUUAAAGUGUUAUUUUGUUAAUAGUCAUGUACAGUGCAUCCGGAAAGUAUUCACAGCGCAUCACUUUUUUCACAUUUUGUUAUGUUACAGCCUUAUUCCAAAAUGGAUUAAAUUCAUUUUUUUCUUCGGAAUUCUACACACAACACCCCAUAAUGACAACGUGAAAAACGUUUACUUGAGAUUUUUGCAAAUUUAUUAAAAAUAAAAAAACUGAGAAAGCAGAUGUACAUAAGAAUUCACAGCCUUUGCCAUGAAGCUCAAAAUUGAGCUCAGGUGCAUCCUGUUUCCCCUGAUCAUCUUUGAGAUGUUUCUGCAGCUUAAUUGGAGUCCACCUGUGGUAAAUUCAGUUGAUUGGACAUGAUUUGGAAAGGCACACACCUGUCUAUAUAAGGUCCCACAGUUGACCAUUCAUGUCAGAGCACAAACCAAGCAUGAAGUCAAAGGACUUGUCUGUAGACCUCCAAGACAGGAUUGUCUCGAGACACAAAUCUGGGGAAGGUUACAGAAAAAUGUCUGCUGCUUUGAAGGUCCCAAUGAGCACAGUGGCCUCCAUCAUUUGUAAGUGGAAGAAGUUCGAAACCACCAGGACUCUUCCUAGAGCUGGCCGGCCAUCUAAACUGAGUGAUCGGGGGAGAAGGGCCUUAGUCAGGGAGGUGACCAAGAAACCGAUGGUCACUCUGUCAGAGCUCCAGAGGUCCUCUGUGGAGAGAGGAGAACCUUCCAGAAGGACAACCAUCUCUGCAGCAAUCCACCAAUCAGGCCUGUAUGGUAGAGUGGCCAGACGGAAGCCACUCCUUAGUAAAAGGCACAUGGCAGCCCGCCUGGAGUUUGCCAAAAGGCACCUGAAGGAUUCUCAGACCAUGAGAAAGUAAAUUCUCUGGUCUGAUGAGACAAAGAUUGAACUCAAGUUUGGAGGAAACCAGGCACCGCUCAUCACCAGGCCAAUACCAUCCCUACAGUGAAGCAUGGUGGUGGCAGCAGCAUGCUGUGGGGAUGUUUUUCAGCGGCAGGGACUGGGAGACUAGUCAGGAUAAAGGGAAAGAUGACUGCAGCAAUGUACAGAGACAUCCUGGAUGAAAACCUGCUCCAGAGCGCUCUUGACCUCAGACUGGGGUGACGGUUCAUCUUUCAGCAGGACAACGACCCUAAGCACACAGCCAAGAUAUCAAAGGAGUGGCUUCAGGACAACUCUGUGAAUGUCCUUGAGUGGCCCAGCCAGAGCCCAGAUUUGAAUCCGAUUGAACAUCUCUGGAGAGAUCUUAAAAUGGCUGAGCACCGACGCUUCCCAUCCAACCUGAUGGAGCUUGAGAGGUGCUGCAAAGAGGAAUGGGCGAAACUGGCCAAGGAUAGGUGUGCCAAGCUUGUGGCAUCAUAUUCAAAAAGACUUGACGCUGUAAUUGCUGCCAAAGGUGCUUCGACAAAGUAUUGAGCAAAGGCUGUGAAUACUUAUGUACAUGUGAUUUCUCAGUUUUUUUUAUUUUUAAUAAAUUUGCAAAAACCUCAAACUUUUUUCACGUUGUCAUUAUGGGGUGUUAUGUAUAGAAUUCUGAGGAAAAAUAUGAUUUUAAUCCAUUUUGGAAUAAGGCUGUAACAUAACAAAAUGUGGAAAAAGUGAUGCGCUGUGAAUACUUUCCGGAUUCACUGUAAAUUCCACAGUAUUCCAGAUCACAAAAACAGUGUAUAAUUGGAAUGUUGUAGCAUUUGUGAAUAAACUGAAAAAGAUGUACUUGUGUUAAUCUAGGAGUGGCCACCGUACUUAAACAAUUCCUAAACUGCUCUCAGUUGACUGCUGAUUUUAGUUUGUUACCUGGCCUGUCAUGUUUUACUAUUUGUUGAAACUUUGAUCUUUUUUUUAUCCCUUAUAUUUUGAGAACCAGUGAAUAAGCAUGUUAUAUUGUGGGCAGUUCAUUGUGUUUAUUUUUCUUAGCAGUUGGGUGAGUAUUAAUAAUUAAAAGUAGUUAUUUCUUUUAAUGACAUCUGCUGCAAAUGACUGGAUGUGAAUUAUGUGUUUGUGUGGAAUGUUCACAUGCUUGUAUUGCGUUUUUUUUUUUUUUUUUGUUCUCAUAUAUAAAAGUUAACGGGCAGCCCCAAACUGGGUCUUGUAAGAGUGAGCACAGGAAUGCCCUCUAAUAAAGUGAAGUCCUUUCCAGGA